UAUGGUUGGUUUGCAGAUUCAGGAAGCACCUCCCACAUCACUUCUCGCCGCCGAGGCACUGUAGUCAUCCGAAGUAAAGUGGGAAAUCACAUAGUAAGGUUCAAUCUUCGCAACAUGCUACAUGCACUGACAGCACCCAGCAAUCUUCUAUCCAUUGCACGGCUUGAUGAAGCCAGUGGAAGGGUACACAUGGGUGACAGUCAUGGGCUAAUCAUGGAUAAGCAUGGUGCUACACUUGCUGUAGGUAAGAAACAAGGUCAACUUUAUCAAUUAAAUCUUGAGCCCAUUUCUACCGCUUCUGAAUUAAUAUAUGCCAUGCAGGAAGACACUCCUCACACCUGGGACGAGUGA